GUUUACUGUUUUUUUUAAGAUUUUUAAGUCGUCAUUGUCUUUGUUAAUCAUUUCCCUUGGCAACAGCCAUAGGAUACCGAAGUUUAAAUAGCUACAUUGAUUAUUCAUUUGUUCACUUGGAUUAGAUAGAUCCAUUUAAUGUCUUAACAGAGCGACAAUGGCGAGGCGGAUUCUGAAAGUUUCAUUGGUUACUGCUACCUUGGCCGUUUCAGCAUGUGGAACUACAAUAUACUUAGAUAGCAGCAAACAGAUUGGAAUUACUAGCCCGACCGACCCAAAAAAGAUUACGUGGAGCAAAGCUAUUCAAGCUGUUGACAAGUUGUGUGAGCAGGUGAAGAAUGAAUCUGGAACUCCUGGACUUGUUGUAAGUGUGAGUGUUGAUGGACUUCCAGUUUACCAGAAAGGACUUGGGUAUGCUGAUGUUGAGAACCAUAUUCCUUGCCAGAGCAAUACUGUUAUGCGAAUUGCUAGUAUUAGCAAGUCGAUGACCAUGGCUGUAGUUGCCAAAUUAUGGCAGGAAGGAGGCCUUUCCCUUGAUAAACCAGUUCAAGAAUAUGUAUCUGAUUUCCCAGAAAAAUUUUUUGAUGGUGAAAAGGCAGAAAUCACAUUGAGACAUUUAGUCAGUCAUCUUUCCGGUAUUCGCCACUAUGAAAAACCGCCUGCUCUUAGUGAUAUAUCGUCCACUACCAUUGAUCGGAAUCCCCAGAACGAUACAGUUUCUGACACGCAAAGAAAAAACAAAAAUGAAUUUGAAAAUCAAGAGUACCUACUCAACAGCUAUUUUGAGAGUGUAUCGAAAUCUCUAGCCCUUUUCAAAGAUGACGAUCUUUUUAGUAAACCAGGUGUAAAGUUCCUCUACACAACACAUGGGUGGACCCUAGUAAGUGCCGUGGUCGAAAGUGUCGUGAAGAAAUCUUUCCCUUCAUACAUGAAAGUAUUCUUUCAUGAAAUGGGGUUAAGAAACACAUACUUGGACGAGAACAAACCGCUUAUCUUUAAUCGUGCAAAAUAUUACGUCAGGAACGAGAAAGGGCGAUUGGAAAACGCACCAAAUGUUGACAAUUCAUACAAGUGGGCGGGAGGCGGAUUUCUGUCUACGAGCGAUGAUUUGGUCAAAUUCGGAAAUGCCAUGCUCUAUUCGUAUCAAAAUUCCAACGGCUUCCUUAAACGCGAUACCGUCCAAAUGAUAUGGUCACCAGUAUCCAGUACAUCUUUAGCGUGGGAUAGAGAUGGCCAAUAUGGAAUGGGUUGGGGCGUUAUAUCGUCCCACAGCAACUACCCUUUUUGCAAAUCGAGGCAGUUUUAUGUUUCACAUACCGGCGGCGCUAUUGGAGCUAGCUCCGUCUUACUCGUCCUGCCACGCAAUGAUGACACGCCGAGUGAUAAACCUAUUCGAGGCGGAUAAUAGCACAAGGUCCAUUUUCUCCUCCCCACAUCAUAAUCCGGUCUGGAACAACUGUCACUAUGGAGGCCUGUAGUAAAAACGUUAAGUAUUCUUCCUUCUGCGAACGAAAAAUAUUGGCACAUUUAGCUACUCACAUUUUCGGGUUUGUCCAACAUUUUGGAAACUAGCGCUGAGGUUUCGUUCAGAAAAUCAACUGGAACACAGUUCUUCGUAAUAUUUGUAGUAAUUUUCAAAUGUGGCAUACUGUUAUUUAACCAAGUUGGAAUAACUCGAUGCAUUUUUUAAAUGGUAAUAUUUAAAUAACCUAGAGAUUUCUGGAAACAGUAAUAUUUCUGGUUCAGACUGCACGAUUUCUGGUUGAGUUCGACUUGAUUCGGUAGUCACUGUUGCAUGUGUUAUGGAAUCCUUGUGCAGGUGAUUCAGGUGGUAGCUAAGUGUAGUCGUACUGGCCGAUGAUAAAGAGGCUUGGCAAAAUUGGCAAAUUGCCAUGGAUCCCUCUUUUCGAAAAUACUGCCACACCCAUGAUACCUUUUCUCUGUGCUUCCUUGCCUUAUUUCUUGGCGGUACUGCGCCAACAUAUUCUUUCAUGGGGCUAUCUUUGCGUCGAUUUUCGAUGUUAAUAGUCUCUUCUUCUUCUAUUACUUGCACGAUUCGGAUCUAAAUCAAAAUUAACGUUAUGUCAUAUACUAGCAAGCAUUUAAAAAUAAAACAAAACUUAAGGUUGUAACUCACAUUUGAGGGUUUUCCCAGCAUCUUAGAUAUAAAAGCUGAAGUCUCUUUAAUAAAGUUUUUUUUUAAAGUUGG